CCAGGAGGGCGGAGCCGGCUGUAUCAUGCUGUGGGCAGAGAACCUGACCGUGAGCGUGCUCCGUGGUGGUCGUUGGGAACGACACGACCUCACCUCUCUGACCUUUGGUGAGGGCGUGACCCCUAGGCUCCAGGGCUCCCUCUGCAACCAAUCACACUCCAGUCUGGUUCUAAACUAUGAGAAUAUCCUGGGACACCGUUCCUUCAAACUAGUGUUUGCCAUGUCCCAGCGCCACUACAAGGUGUCAGCUCGCCGCUGGUUCACGCUAGACGCCGUGGAGAUAGAAUACGACGGUCAGAAAGCAACGUUUAACGGGAGCCGUAACGUGUACGCGCCGGCUGAGUACUCCUACCGCUGUCAGUCAGUCACUAACUUCAGAUACCCCCUCCUGGUUCCGCGCACCUCCAAAGACCCUGCUAACCAGUGGAGGGUCUCCUUCACGGACUUCCAGAUCCAGGGUUUCAACGUUGCAGGGGGAGAGUUCUCCUAUGCCAGUGACUGUGCAGGGUUCUUCAGUCCUGGUAUCUGGAUGGGACUGCUCACCAGUCUACUGAUGCUCAUGGUCCUGACCUACGGCCUCCAUAUGAUCAUGCAGCUACACCACACCAUGGACCGACUAACACACAUUU